AUGUGCCACUAAUACGCAUACCAACAAGUGUGCCGCCAGUUCGCGUACCAACAAGUGUGCCGCCAGUUCGCGUGCCAACCUCCACAUUAUCCGCACCGCCAGUUCGCGUACCAACAAGUGUGCCGCCAGUUCGCGUGCCAACCUCCACAUUAUCCGCACCGAUCCGCAUAACAUCCAAAAUACUACCAAUCUCCGCACCAAUCCACGCAUCAGUGCCAACCCAAUUACUAACUGUAACCAACAGCGCACCAAUCAAAAUAUCAUCUGAAACGCCAAAACCAGUUGAUUUACAAACUUCGACAAAACAACCGUCAAUUCCCGAUGUCAUAUCAACAACCUCUGGUGGCAUCUCAACAUCCCUACGGCCGUCACCAAAUGUCAUACCAACCUCAAAGCAGCCGUUAACCUCUGCACUAGCCUCUAUACAGAUACCACCAAGCAUCACUCCAAGCUUCGUGCAGUCAUUGACAUCGGCCAACGCACAACCACCACAAACUUCGAAUCUCGAUCAGACAUCAAUACGGGAUCCUUCACUUGCUUCUGGCAGGAAUGGUAAAUCGACCACAAGUUCGUUAGAUUUGUCAGGAGCUAUAGUCUCCAAACUUCCCAUUGGCGAUGAUAACGCACCAGAGGUCCCGGGUAAUAGGAAGAAUGGUGCUGACAAUCCUUUCGGAGCAAACCCGCACUUGCCGUCGCCGCCAAAUCCACCGUACAUAAGUCCAUAUGACUCUCGCUCUCCAUAUUUUAUCCCAGCUGUGGCAGGCACGAUAAUAGCCAUCAUAUUAAUCAUAUCGAUCAUCAUAGUCAUCAUAAAGAAAACAAUAUUUAUAGCAAAAGGCAAAUACGAUGAUCGAGACAAAAGGAAAAGUCAUUCGUUCUUUAAACAACUAUCAGAUGUCGAGAAUGCACAGUGUCAUGUGUCACCAACGACACAGACUAGUGGGUUAUAUGAAGAGUCUGUAAUGAUUGAAAGUUCGAAUAACAAUUUUGAAUCUUCGGUGAAUGGGGGAAGUGAAAUUGGAACCGAGUCAACGAGUACGAUGGACUUGUCGAUGGCGACUAAGACAUCCUCUAAUUGGAAUGAGUGCAUGAAAUGA